AUGUCAAUGCCACUAACAGCACAAGCAGAUAAGUGGAGGGAGAGGGAUCUAGUGAAGCAGGCAUUUAAUGCCCAAGUCAUUCAGCUGAAGGCAGAUUUUGAAAGCCGCGUCUCUGCUAUUGCGCUAGAGUUCUCAGGCCGUGGACGCCACUAUUCCAAGCAUCAAAUUCGCAGCCAGAUAAUCUAUAACCUAUCGAAACCAAAGAAGACUCGUAAGCCAAUGCUUCGCAAUGCAUGGGCCCAUGCUGAGGCUGAGGCCCGACGUUUGAAAGAGGGCACAUUGCCAGCCUUGCCCUACAAGGAGGAGUACCUUGAGCUCCUUGGGGAAAUCAACGAAAAAAUAUCACAUAUGAGGACAUAG